AUGGAAAAUCAUCGUCAUGACUGCCUGAUAUUCGGCAAUUAUCAUUUUAUAAUUAUUACUGAACUAUUGCUGAUCUUCGUUUCAUCGAUUGUCUCACACUGCAUUGAUGAGGGAUCUCACUAUCCUGAAAACUUCAUUUGGAUUCAGGACGAACAUUUUAAUGUGACUUGUAAAAAAGGAAAAAUUGAGGUGUUGAACUGUGUGAGUGAUCGCGGAACAGUAAUACCUCUUAUGACUCAGUCAUUUUGGGAAAACGAUAUCGAGUAUUCAUGUAUGGAUGAUGAAGUCAAAGGUGAAGAAGGGUCAGGAGAAGAAGACAACAGCAAUUGCGGAAGUCGACAAGAUUAUCAUCAAAAUCAUUUUGUUAUCUCUUGUAUUACAAAUAAGUUUACUGCAUGUGUAGACAAGAAUGGUGAUACCUUGAAGGAAGGACUGUUUCUAUUAGAAAAUGGACAGCUCAGGAACUGUUACAUAUACAGUAAUGGGAAGAGAGCUAGGAUCGAGAGUAAAGGUUGCUUCAAUGGUACUGAUGAUGAUGAUAUCAUGGAUGAAUCACUGCAUAUCAAGAAAUAUGCAAUUUGGAGAGAAGGAAAUUACGAUCUGAGGUGUGGUGAUGUGGGAAUACAUGUUUAUAGAUGUCAUUUAGCAAAGAAUCAGAAAGUUCAUGCAGGUACGGCGUGGAUCGAAGCUAACGGCACUGUGAGUGUUUGUGGAGAAGGAAUUUACGCAUACUCACGCGCUGUACAGCUGCACGCAGUCCGUGUCAAGGAAAGUGACAACUCUCACUAA